CGGGAGGCCAGAGUCAGACCGACUUCACAGUGAAAGCCUCCAAAAUAGCUGUGAUAGGAGAGAGGGAAAAAGUGAAGAAACUGUGUGUUCAUGGACAGAAUUUUAUUUUGUUUGUCUUUUAUUCCAAAGAUGACAGCAGAAAAUACCAACUAUACUUUAGGACAAGAACCUCUGGCUUGGCUAACUUACAUUUUGGAAGAUUAUUCAAACUAUCUGGCAUACCCAUUGAUAAUGCCAGCGAUACUGAUAAUAUUGUAUUAUCCCUUUGCAGUACUGUUCUUUACAAUUUAUUGUGGUAGUGCAUUUUAUGCCAUCAGUAAAAAAAUUUACAAGUUACCAGAAGAUAUUACUAAUGAAAAAUGGGACAAGAUAAAGAAAAGAUUUGCAUUUCUGUCGGAUAUUACAGGAAAGAUUUUUCAUGGUUAUGAGGUUUGUGGAAUAGAAAACCUACCCAAAGGACCAGCGCUUCUUGUUUAUUACCAUGGAUCCAUUCCGAUUGAUUAUUACUUUUUUGUACUGAGGAUCUAUAGAGUCACAGGAAGAUUCCCUUAUUCUGUGAUAGACAAUUCCCUGUCCUUACUACCAGGAUUAAAGUUGUACCUUCAGCUUGGUCGCUGCGGCAAUCCCACAAGAGAAGAAUGUGUGGAAAUUCUGAAGAAAGGGAAUCUAUUGGGUCUUGCGCCUGGAGGACUUCGAGAGCAAAACUAUGGAGAUAAGAAUUAUAAACUUCUGUGGGGAAAACGUAAAGGAUUUGCUCAAGUAGCCAUAGAUGCAAAAGUGCCCAUCAUUCCUUUAUUUACACAAAAUAUGCGAGAAGGAUAUAGGACAUAUGGAAAUAUAGCUCCAAUGAGAUGGCUCUAUGAACGAACUCGUUCCAUAGCCUUUCCAACAUAUGGAUUAUUUCCAGUCAAAUUGAGGACACAUAUUGGACAACCAAUUCCAUAUGAUCCAAAUCUAAGUGCUGAAGAAGUAGCUGAAAAAGCGAAAAUUGCAGUCGAAGCUUUGCGGGAUAAACACCAGAAAAUACCAGGAAGUAUACUGAGAGCUCUUUGGGAACGCUUUGAGACACAUCACAAAGAUGAAUAGUGUGACUAAUGAGCUGCAUGGAUACAGUCUCUUUUCAAUGAUCCUUCGAAGCACCUUUAAAUGGAUUCAGAUAGAUUCAAGUGGGCUCUGGGGAUUUUCCUGCUGGUAUUGCUGGUGCUUUUGUAGAAGUCCUUGUUGCUCUGUGGAAAGCAGAGAUGAAUAGGGCAGUUUACCCUGGGUAGCUCCCUGGCAUACACCUCAACGGAAGGCAAUGAAGCAAGAAGAAAGGCCAUUAGACUAUAGGU